UCAUCAGCGGGAAACCAAAAUGGCGAACGUGCUGGGGGAAAACGAGCAGUUUGUUAUUUUCUGAAGGAGACGCGAGCCCCGCAAGUUUUUUUUAGCGACACGCAUUUUAAAUAUAUUUAGACGAGCGAGGGAGCGGGAUAACGGCGGACGUUCAUAUUAACUUUUUUGUCGUAGGACUUAGUUGUUGAAGCGGAGGUGACCGAAUGAGAGACUCGGGGGUUGGGGAUCACCUGCCUGUCCAUCACAGAGCUCCGUCCCAGAGGCAGCAGGCUGUGUCUUUGUCCCCAACAAGCCUUUCUGCUAGGGACGAGUAUGGAGAAGACCACAUGGCUGCCAGGUUUACAGAGGGACAGGAAGUCUUGGCCAGGUGGUCAGAUGGCUUGUUCUACCUAGGGAGAAUCACAAAGAUAGAUCGCGAUAAACAGCGGUGCUUUGUAGUUUUUGAAGACCAUUCAAAGUCUUGGGUUCUUUGGAAAGAUAUUCAGACAGGGAAUGAAGAUGAUGAGGAUGAUGAGGACGAUGAUAUUGUAUGCUCCAUAUGUCAAGAUGAAGCUUCAGAUGAACCCAAUGAGAUUGUCAUUUGUGACAAGUGUGGACAAGGCUACCAUCAGCUGUGCCACUCCCCCAUCAUUGAUGCCUCUGUCAUUGACUCUGAUGACAAGUGGCUCUGCUCGGAGUGUGAGCUCAGCUCUAUACCUAAGAUUGGAGGUGCAAAUAGGAGGGGAGCAACUGCUGCAGGCUUUCUCCAGCAGGAACAGCAACAGCACGUGGGGCUGCAUGUGUCGUUCCCAUACACCGUGGACCAACUGGUGUGGGACCAGGGGCACAAGACCAACAUACAGCAGUGUUACUGCUACUGUGGAGGCCCAGGAGACUGGUACCUGAAGAUGUUACAGUGUAACAAGUGUCAUCAGUGGUUCCACGAGGCCUGUCUCCACUGCUUAAAAAUGCCCAUGCUUUACGGAGAUAGGUUUUAUUUGUUUAUUUGUUCCGUUUGCAAUGGUGGACCAGAGUACCUCAGCCGACUUCCUCUCAGAUGGGAGGAUGUUGCACAUUUGAGCCUCUACAACUUGAGUGUGAUACAUAAGAAAAAGUAUUUUGAUUCUGAGAUGGACCUGAUGACUUACAUCAAUGACAACUGGGAGUUGCUGCAGGUCGGAGAGCUUGCCAAAACGCCAAGAUCGGAGCGAUAUGACAACAUCCUGAAGACCCUAAACAAUAACAGCAUCACGUUUAUGUCGGGAAAAGAGGUAAAGAAAAAGAAGCACUUGUUUGGCCUGAGAAUCCGUAUCCCUCCUGCUCCUCUCAACUCGGAUGAGCCAACCAGCAGAGGGAUGGAGAGAGCUUCACAUGAAAUCACCAUAAAGGGAUGCAAGUCCACAAAAGCCCUCUCUGGGAUGAGUACUUUGACCAACGGUACAGAGGAGAAGAAGAAGAAAAAGAGGAAGCAAGGAGCAUGUUCUCUUGAGAGGCCAGCUAAACUACAACGCUCCAGUGAACUCUUGCCCCAGCAAAUACGAAAGCCUCAACCAAUAGAGCCCCAUGCAUUGGAUCACCUCCCAUCUGUCAACACCAGGCCUGACAGGUCUCUACUCUCUGCACGAACCUCAGACAUUGAAUCCAUAGGAGCCCUGAGCACCUCAGAAACUACCUCAACUAGCUUUUCAAGACAGUCCAGUCUCUGUAGCUCCAGCAUGAUGCGCACAUCAGCUUGCAUCAUGCCUGUUUCCCCUCCACCCUUAAAAAGGAAACGUGGGCGACCUCGGCGGCAACCCCCCAACCUGGAGAUCCCUCCUCUCAGCCAUUCAGACACAAACACUUCAACAGCAGAGAUGCGGAGCAGCCUCCCUGGGCUUCACUCAGCAGACAUAGUUCAUGGCAUGGACCCCAACAGCCAGCUCUCCCACCUCAAGAGCUCCAUCAGCAGCUAUUUUGGAGCAGCAGGGCGGCUGGCUUGUGGGGAAAAAUACAAAGUUUUGGCUCGACGAGUCACCCUGGAUGGCAAAGUUCAGUAUCUGGUGGAGUGGGAAGGAGUCACUGCUUCCUAGACUUGUCAUGGUCAUCGUCAUCAUUUCUAACUUAUCUAGCAGCUACAAGAUGUUUGUGGCUCUUUUGAGGAUGUGAAUACUGCCUGUAUCCAGAGCAUUAACUAUAUGCCUUAGUUUAGAUAGGAGCAAGUUUUGCCUAAUAAGCCUACUGUUUCUUUUGAUUAUAGCAGAUUUAUUCACAUUUUCCUUGUGUUUUAAAGGAUUGCAGAUCAUUGAGACAAAGCAUUGUCAUUAAACCACGUCAUAGGUGUUUUUUUACUUCUACCUUUUGGUUAUCUACUUUGAAUGUUUACAAAACCUCCCUUUUAUUCAGGAGCAAAUAAUUCAUCCGUGCACUGCAGCUGUAGGCUUUCAGUGAACCAUUAUUGUGCUUUUUCUUUUUAUCUAAUGAUAUUCUCUAAUUUCAAGACCAAUUAAGUGUGAAACUGUAAGUUGGUUGACAAAAUGUAGGUGGUCAAUCAUAUAAAUUGUGAACUCUGGAGAAGAGGACAAGUGUGUUGAUGCAGUGAAGGAUUGCAUUUGUUUAACAUUUAUUUUCAGAAACACGUUUCCAUGUCGGUGCCCCUCUUUUUCUAGUCCCGGCUGUAAGGACCUCUUGUGGCCGUGGACAGACGCCCUUCAGUUCUGUUUUAAGUGUGCUCAUUUGUGAACAGUUGAGGAGGAGCUUGAAACAAGAGAUGUGCUGCUGCAAAGUUUAUUUUAUCUAAAAUUAUACUACAUUUAUCUUUCUACUUGUAUGUUGUCUUUUUUUUCGUUUAACUUUGCAGAAUAUUUAGUUUUGCUUUUGAUUGUACAAAUUAAUUUAUGUCUCUUAGUUAUUAAACACUUAAUCUGAGAUCGCCCUUAUAUGCCAACACAUAUUUUUAAGUAAGUAAAUGUCCAAAAUUCUACAUCUGAGGAGGAAUAGAAACUAAAUCCUCAAGAAUUUGUUUUAUUGAUUUUCUUCAAACACAAAAUUAAUUUCAAAUUGGUGAAGUGACUGUUAUCUUUGAAAUCUUUAAGGACCUCUUUAGUUCUUCCCUUCCUUAUUAGUUAUUCAAAAAAGUGCUGCACAAGAUGAAUGUUGUAUACCUGGUAUCCAUACCCAGUGUAUUAGUUGUUUUGUUUUUUUUGUUUAGUUUUUUGUGCUGCAUAUGCAAGUGGUCCUAUUGACGUAUUGUACAGUCCUAGAAUGGAGCCAUGCGGCUUGACAAAACAAUUUCAACAUAAUUGUUGUGAUUAUUGACUCAGGCAUACACUUUUUAUAUGACAGGUGCAAAGAAACGUUCAACUGGAUUUUGCUUGUACAGUCACGUUCACCUCAUAGUCUACAUGCUCAGGACGUGCCCCAAACUUCACUGUAUUGCGUAGUCCAGCAUUUGCAGCUAGACCUGUUGCAAUGUCUUUCAUUCAGUGUUUUAGGUCAGUAUUUGUAUAUGUGGCCCUCCAUUUGUCAUAUUACCUUGGACAACUGGCCCUUGCAUGUAUGUGUUUGUUUUUCUGAGAGCAAAAUAAUGUGUGAUCCAUUUUUUUACUGCUUGUUUAAACUGCCACUGGAAAGUGAAUACGCUGGAUAUCGUUCAAAGAGGCGAAUAUUCAGUUGGUGUGGACGUCUUGUGGAGAUGUUUUGUUCAAAAGACAGUAACAUUCAUACCUCUACUAGUGAAGUGAGUGUAUUGGGAAACGUCUGUCUACAUGUUGAACCCACUGACUUCAGCAGGCCGUGCAGCCAAAGAACACACAUGUUUUUCUUUGUCUUUUGAGAUUCUUCUAAUUACAUUUUUAUACAUCAAUAUAGGUUAACAUGUUACUUCUGAAGCUGUUUUGUUAAGGAAAAAUAAAAGCUGAUAUUUUGAAAUGA